AUGGAAUAUGAACUGAACGGAUUCAAUGCCCUCAUUUUAAAGAAAACAAUAUUAUUAUUCAGACACAUUUCUCAAGAUUUGCAAAUAAUAGCAAGUGAAAAUGGACUAAAUUUAUACGCACUUGACCAAUCCAACUCCGUUUGGCUACACAUUCAAUUAGGAAGGAAUUUUUUCGAAAGAAUACAAUAUAGAAAUACAGAAUCUUCAGAUUCUGAUCCAUCUUCCAAAGUUAAACACUGGUUCGUGUCAACCAAACAACUCUGUCAGUCACUUUCAAUUAUAAUUCCACCUACACAGAAAAAAUCGCCAUUUGACGCAAUUCUAAUAAAGGAUUUACACAAUCACGAGAAUUUGAAAAGCUCAUUCGGGCUAGACAGAUUAAUCAUAAAGGAGUAUCAAGAAAGCGUAGAUUUCCUAUCGCUUAUAUUUGUUUGUUCUAAUAAGAAUAUCAUUAGGUCAGCUACGAUUGGAUUUCAGGAAUAUAAACUGAGCAUUCCAGACGAUUUGGGAUGGUCUAACUGGCACUAUCUUAGAAUAUCCCCAACAGUUUUCUAUAAAUCUAUAAGCCCAUUCAGCUCACAAUACAAUGAUCUCUCAAUAACAUAUAAUGAUUCUAAAGAGGAUUUAUUGCUUAACGUUAUUAAUAAUACAUCUAAACUGACAAAAAACAAGAAUAGGAAGAGGAUUGUCUCAGGAAAUGUGCUAAUAAAUAGCCGCCACUUCCAUAAACUCGACCUGGACGACGACUUGACUUACCCCAGUGAUAUCACAAUCUCCAUUAAAGAAUUCUUAUCGCUACUUUCAUUCUGCGAAUCAGUGAAGUGUCCAUUGUCCAUAAUACUGAGAAAUCCAGGAGACCCAGUAAUAGCGCUGUUUGGAGGCUCAGUUGAUGCGUGCGAAUCUGUGACAACUAACUUGAACAUCCAUAACAUCGUUUAUAAUGGAUGUAACGAGUCUAAAAUAGAAACGCCAGAGACUAAAAUAAUCAAUGAUAACAUUUCGCUCAGCGGAUCACUGUGGAUUAGUUCAUUCAAGGCAGAAAAAACAUCUCAGACUACAAACGAGGAACAAAGGGAUGAAUUGAAUGUUAAGGAAGUCGAUUUGUUUCAACCAGAAUUCUCUCCCCAGCAAAAGGCUCCUGAACCUAAACCCAGUAAACCUAAAUAUACAGACGAAGAAUUGGACGAAAUUUACAAUACUUUACUAAAAGAUUUUGUAACUGAUAAUACAAAGGAAAACACAGUUAAUAAAGAUAAAACAGGUAUAUUCAACACUUAUAUCUCAUUUAACCUUAAUUUCAACAGGAGUGAUAUCACUUUUUGA